CGGGGCGCGGUCGCCGUCAGUCGUCACGGAGUGGAGCUGGUGCUUGUCAUCCGGCCGCCAUUAUCUCAUAUGAAUUCAUAAAAUCAAUUAAAGUUUUCGCUGUCGUUACGGGUUUGAGUGUCGUGUUUAGUACAGGAUCGUGAAAGUUACAAAGAUUCGAUCGUUUUUACCAGUGUUUUUACACGCUGAAACAGUGAUCAGUGAUAUAGUUAGGUUACUGUGUUGAGUGUUAACGUUGUGUAGGGUGGCUCCGGUUAGGCCGGGGCGGCAGGACGCGAUCGGAGCGUAUGCAAAGGGAGCGGUGAGAGCGCGCCCGGCUCGGGAGUCGGGGCGGACGGCAGCCAGAGCACAGGAACAGCUGCCGACAUGGGUUGUACUCAGUCGGCCGAGGAGCGCGCGGCAGCUGCCCGAAGCCGACAGAUCGAGAGGGACUUGAAAGAGGAUGGCAUUCAAGCCUCUAAAGAUAUAAAGUUACUGCUGUUAGGUGCUGGCGAGUCGGGAAAGAGUACUAUAGUUAAACAAAUGAAAAUCAUUCACGAGAGUGGUUUCACAAAUGAAGAUUUCAAACAGUAUCGGCCCGUGGUAUACAGCAACACGAUCCAGUCACUCGUCGCCAUAUUGCGCGCCAUGCCUAACCUGGGCAUCACUUACGGGAAUAAGGAUCGUGAGAGCGACGGCAAGAUGGUAUUCGACGUCAUUCAACGGAUGGAAGACACGGAGCCGUUCAGCGAGGAACUUCUAGCGGCCAUGAAGAGGCUGUGGGCGGACGCCGGUGUUCAGGAGUGCUUCGGCAGAUCUAAUGAGUACCAGCUCAAUGACUCGGCUAAAUAUUUCCUCGAUGAUCUCGACCGGUUAGGUGCCAGAGACUAUCAACCCACCGAGCAAGAUAUUUUAAGAACCAGAGUCAAAACCACCGGUAUCGUCGAAGUGCACUUUUCUUUCAAAAACCUUAAUUUCAAAUUGUUUGACGUGGGCGGGCAGAGAUCGGAGAGAAAGAAAUGGAUUCAUUGCUUCGAAGAUGUGACUGCGAUUAUUUUCUGCGUCGCCAUGUCCGAGUAUGACCAGGUCUUGCAUGAAGAUGAAACAACGAACCGUAUGCAAGAGAGUUUGAAGCUGUUCGACUCGAUCUGUAACAACAAAUGGUUCACCGACACGAGCAUCAUUCUCUUCCUCAACAAGAAGGAUUUGUUCGAAGAGAAGAUCCGCAAGUCGCCGCUCACCAUUUGCUUCCCUGAAUACACGGGUGCGCAAGAGUACGGCGAGGCGGCGGCCUACAUCCAGGCGCAGUUCGAGGCCAAGAACAAGUCGACCACGAAGGAGAUCUACUGCCACAUGACGUGCGCCACCGACACCAACAACAUCCAGUUCGUGUUCGACGCCGUCACCGACGUCAUCAUAGCCAACAACCUGCGCGGCUGCGGCCUCUACUAGUUAGUGCGGGCUACGGCGAGCCUGUCUCUCAACCUUAAUGUCUAUUCGUUAACGUAUUACUUGCCGCCAUGCCUCCGAGCGCCGAGCACCGCCGCCGACCGCCGCCGACGCCACCGCGCGACCGGCGUCAGACACGCAUCGGGACUUCCGCGUCCUCGAACGAAAUUAAAUACAUUUUGUACCGGUUGGAUACAGAUCAAAAAAUAAGUCGUCUUAGGACACGUUACUGUAAUUCAUACAAUAUUCCACUGACGCGGCGCCCGCGCCGGCCGCCCGCGCCGCCGCGGCGCCGUCGCCCGGCCUCGUUCGCGGCGCUCGGCCGCUACUGCGAGCGAACCAGUGAACGAUUUUUUCAUAAUAUUUAUCAUAGAAUGUAUUUUUGUGGUCGUACAGCAGUGUCACUCCCUCGUUACGCGUAUCGUAUAUAUUUUCGAGAAGUAAGCUUCGCGGCCCCGCCUAGACCGGACCAUCGACUAGACCGCCUCGCGAGUGGCCCCCACGGCGUUACGGCGUUUAGCUUCCGUUCGUACGGUCGUCCUACGCGACACGCAUCUCACACGAAUCAGCGCAGUUGCAAUUUUAUAUAUCUAGUGUUCAAUUCUAAAUUUUGGUGCUAGGCAUAAAUUGACACGUGGGUCGUGUUCGCGGUCUAGUCGCGGUCUAGGCGCGGCCCAGUCGCGGCCCAGUCGCGGCACCGACGAGUCGCUCCGGACGCAUGUGCUUAUAUACUCACUCUCUUACGGACCAAAAUCAGAAAGGAACCAAUAUUUAGCGCAGAACAGUAGUGAUAUGCAUGACUACGUUCACAGGCCUACUUUAACUUACAAAAUAUCAUUCCAUUGUUAGGUAUUAUCACUUACGAUGAAAAAUUUAUUUUUUAUAAACUUUUGAAUGCACAAACUGUAACCGGCUCGGAUUAAGGAGAUUCGUUUCGCAUAACUUGUGUCUAAGCUAAGAUUGUAUCCUCGAACAAGUCAAGUAUUGUUUAAGUUAAGCGACGUACUAUGCACAAACUGUUUAUUCCUACGAGAGAAUUCGUUCUUUAUGCCAUAUACAAACAUAUAUAUAAUUCUUUUGUGUUCAUAUUUUUUCUAUAUCACGUUUACUGUAACCUUAAGACGUAGCUAUUUAAGAUCAACUGUUUUAUGCAAUUAUAAAUCAUGGUAGGUAUUUAUUUGUCUAGCGUACUCUUAUUAAACGAUGGAUCGUAUUCACGUUUAGUUCUUGUUAUGAGUGGUAACGGUCAUGUGAGUGUUGAUCAUUAGUUUGGAGGGCGGCGGAGUCUGUACCGCCGACGCAGCGAUCGUUAUAUUAAAAUUGUAUAAAUUCAGAGACGGUCCAUUAUGUGUAAGAUAUGUGAGUAUAUAAACUUGUAUACACUCGCGAAUUGGCGUAAUCAAUAUUAUACAUAUAUAAACUAUAUAACAUAAUUUAUUAUUAAUACUAAAAUAAAAAAAAACAUCUUACUUUUAAGCGUUAGGACAGUAAUUGUAUCAAUAAACAUUAAUUAAUAAUGCGAUUAGGCAGUACCUUUACUAUUAUCAUAGUUAGGUGAUUUAAUUUCAUUUUAUGUUUUAUGAGUAUGUAAAAAGUGAUUACUUAAAUGAAAAUGUAACGCCUACAUGUGACCGCGCGGGCCACUCGCCCGAGGACACCUGGCGGGAGGGGGGCGCCACGGGCGGCCGGCAGAGGUAAGGAGAGGCACGCAGAGGCACUGAGUGGUCCGCGCCCGAGCGUCCGGCGCUCGCUUGUUGCUAGGUAGGUUUUUUAUGUAACAAUAUGUGUAUGUAAAACAGAACUAAUAAUUAUAAUUAGCGCAGUUCUACAUUCGAUCCCGAUACAUAAUUUAGGUAAGCUUCAUACUACAUUUAGAGAGGAACGCCGCCGGCGUGCGCGCAGCGGGCGUCCCGUCGCUUUGCAUUUCGAUGCGUUCCUCCUUUGCUGAGCAUUAACUUGUAUGCUUUAAUAUUUCGAGUGAAUGUGAUGUAAAUUUUGUACACUGCCGCAUUGUUUAUUCGCUCGAAUCACAUUUAGUUUAUAAGAAUCGUGACAGUGACCGAAACGCACACGCCACAACACGCGACAACACGCGACAACACGCGACGUCUCCUUAGUUAGGGAUACAAAAAUUGUGCACAAACUACUCGGCGACUCCCGCGACCCUCGCGACUCGUCUGCAAGCUCAAAGCGACCUUUCGGCAAAGUCACGUCACGUGGUUUGUGCGUUGGCUUCUUAUUUGAAGACUGAAAUGUUGCGGCUCAAGAGUUCUUGCGCUUAUUAGAGUCACUGGAGGACGUUUAUGAAGUUUUUAAAUAAAUUAGCGUCGAACGGGACGAAAUAGAUGCCCCUAUGCAUUUACGACGUGUUUCGGAUCCGAAGGCAUUGAAUUUCGACGUUCAGUUUCGUUUUUUAAUAUUCAACAUUGUAAUUUAGUCACUGAGACUCGAAUACGUUAUCACCGUGCUUCAUUCAUAUUUACCAAAGUUAUUACUAACCUCACUAUUUAUACGAACUUCGUUCUCUUGACUAACUCGCGUCUGAGAUUCGCGGUAAGGGCGAGUGUGGCCGCACCGGAUAUAGUCGUGUGGAAACUAAUCCGAGUGCGAUGUGAACCUUAUUUAGAAUUGAAGACAUGUAACGUUAACUUGUAGCGCGUGUGUGGGACGGCGAGGUGCAGUCCGACUGCCCGCGGGGGGAAGGGGGGGGGUCUUGUGGGGUCGAUUCCGCGAACUCUUUCACAGAAGACAGCGCGCCGAGCGGUCCCGUUUAUUAAAAAAAACAAGCGUUUUAAGAGAGUAAAAUUUUUAGUCACUAGUGGGUAAUUUUUGAAUGUGAUUCAAUCUUAUCUUUAUUUUUCUAUAUCGAGUGACUUUGUAACUGUUUAUUUCUUUACGUUAAAACUUAUUUUUUGUAAUGCAUUUACUGAAAGCGAAGUAUUUAACCAACGAUGUAAUUAAACAAUAUUUUCUCUUUUUUGUAUCUCGUCUGCACUGGUAUUUUUUAUUGAAUUUACUAUAAAUGUACUUUAAGUGUAUAAUUUUAAAUAAUUACUGAAAAUGAUUAUAUUCUAAUUUUUAUGUUCAAAUAAUAA